UUCUUCAUCUGAAAGGUUUUCAUGCUGCUCACAAAAUGAGGCCCAUGAUGUAGAGGAAGGAGGCGGGAUCAGCUCGGUGUGAUCAUCUGAGCUGAAGAACGGUCAGAUCCCUCUGAGCUACAAUGAGAGGCGCAUCUCUACGACGUCUGUUCUUUCUGAUCUUCUUGCUGUGCUUAACAACAGUUAAAGUCCUCCCAGCUGGUCUGACUGUGAGUCCCAGCAGAUCUCAGUUCUUUGAAGAAGACUCUGUGUUUCUGAGCUGUGAGGAGGACAACAUCUCUGCUGGAUGGACUGUGAGGAGAAACACAACCAGAGGAACCAGAACUCAGUGUGGAGAUGAAUGGGGAAAACUAGCUGGUUCUUCCUGUACCAUCAGCAUCCUCUUCAUAGAGGACACUGGAGUGUACUGGUGUGAGUCCAGAGAGGGAGCAGCCAGCAGCAGCAUCCAGCUCACUGUCUCUGGUGGAUCAGUGAUCCUGCAGAGUCCUGUCCUCCCUGUGAUGGAGGGAGAUGACGUCACUCUGAGCUGUCAAACAAAGACUUCCUCCAACCUCCCAGCUGCUUUCAUUAAAGAUGGCUCCCUCAUCAGGACUGAGUCUGCAGGUCACAUGACCCUCCACCAUGUGACCAGCUCUGAUGAAGGUCUCUACAAGUGUAACAUCAGUGGUCAUGGAGAGUCUCCAUCCAGCUGGAUCUCUGUCUCAGAGAAAUCCUCCACAUCGUCUCCAACAACCACUCCUUCUCCUACAUCAGCCUCUCCACCCUCUUCCCAGUUUCUUCCCUAUGGGCUCCUGUCUCUAACUGGUGUCGUUGUUGUGGUUUUACUGCUGGUUCUACUGGUGAAAUAUCAGUUUAACAGGAAAUCUAGAGAAAAAAGAUGA